UAGCUUUAUACUAGCUUCACACCCUUCUUGUCUUCCGUUGUUUGCAUUAAAACUUUUUAUUUUAUUUUUUAUGUCCGGAGUGCCUUGUGUACAAAAUCAAUCUUUCCCUACUCAGAGUGAUAGUCAUUGAUUAUGAAGAAGAUAAUUUCUAAAAAAAAUCUAAGUUUCCAUGAAAACCAUUACAAAUCAAUGUGACUUUUGUCUCAUCUGUCAUGAACUUUGAUUUCAAUUGUUUUUAGAGAGUAUGACGAGCAAACUCCAGUUUGCUAAGGUAGUCUCGUUGCGCGAAAUUGUAAUUAUUUUUAAGAAUUGUUUUAUCUGCUGAGUACAAAAUUUUAUUAGGAAUUCGUGACAAAUCAAUAUUAAACCCACGAAUAAAAAAGUUAGAUUCUUGAGUCAUGAGAGAGAGAGGAAGAGAGAGAGUGAGAGGGGUUCACGGCGGACGACGGACACGGGCAACAGGGACGGCACUGAGCUGGGAGCGGGUAGGAUCCUGCAGAAGAGGCCAACAGCAGAAGUCAGAGGUGGAGAGACAGGGACAAGGGCAAGCCAAUCGAUAUCAGGGUCGAGUGAAACAGAAUGAAGGACCGUAUGAUUGGGGUCUCUACAAACAAGCCACUCCUUAUUUCUUCACCAACUUCCCGGAGUACUGGACAUAUGCAGAUAUGUGGAGAACUUUCUUGCAAUUUGGGAGGGUGUAUGAUAUUUACAGCCCGAAUAGGAGAAGCAGGAAUGGAAGCAGGUUUGGGUUUGUGAGGUUUUUGGAAGUAAAGGACAGAAGGGAGCUGGAACAGCAGCUGGACCAGAUCUGGGUUAAUGACAUGAAAUUAUGGGUCAACAGGCCGAGGUAUGAUGAUGAAAAGAACAAAAGCAAGGAGAAAAGAAUCAGCGGGGAAGGGUCAAAACAGGAGCAAGUUCAUAAUCAAGAUGAGGCCAUGGAAAGAAAUAAUAGUGGAGGAAGGGUGUCUCAGAAUCAAAAUAGAAUGCAUACAGUAGAAAUGGUUCGCAAUCUACAAGAGAAAUUUUAUAUGGAAGGGUAUUUCUCUUGUAAAACAUAUGCGAUGGGAGGAAGAUUGGUCUUAUUAGACUGUGAUGAGAAGGAGGAACUUAAGGAUUUGGUGGAGAUGGCAUCCGAAUGGCUAGGGCAAUGGUUUGAAGAGGUGCGCCCUUGGACACCAGAAACGGUUGCUAAAGAGAGAUUUGUAUGGGUGAGAUGCCAAGGGGCACCUUUGAAUGUUUGGGGAGUUGAUUUCUUCCAAAAAAUGGGCAGCUCAUGGGGGAAAUUCAUUUGUUUGGAUGACAGUACUAGCAAAAAGAAGAGAUUUGACAUUGCUAGAUUUCUAAUAUCCACCCCGAUUUCAAACUCAAUUUCAGUAUUGAGACAAAUCAAGAUUAAUGGGAUCAUUUACAAUAUUAAAUUCACAGAGGAAGAGUUUACAAAUAGCUUAUUUUCCUUGAAGCAAGAUUUUAUGCCUUCAUUCCAAAGUGACUCGGAGGAAAAGGAGAGUUGGUCAACCGAGAGUAACAUGGAAGAGCAAAAAUCCGAGUAUGCAGGGGAAGAGUUGCAGGUUGAAGCCGAGGGUUUUCAGGAAGAAGAUGAUGACAUGUUGAGAAAUUAUGGAGAGAAAGAGAGAAUGGCUCAAAGUCAAAGUAGACAGGAAAUUCAGAAGUCAGCAGAAAUUGUGGAAGACAGCCUGGAACAAAUUCAAAAUUUGAAUGUACAGGGAAGAAAUGUAGAGGCAGAGACUGAGACCAAAAAGCAUGGGAAGUCGGCAUCAUCAAUGAGGCCUGAAGAUGAUAAUGGGCCUGACUUGGGCUUUAAGAAGAAUGAUCAAGCAUGCAAGAAGCCCAUGAGACAUGAAGAAAGUUUAGAGUGUGUGGAGUCUACUAAUAUGGGCUUGGCCCAAGAUAGCUUGUGGGUAAAAAAACCAAAAGCAAAGGGCAUAAUGGAGUUUUGCAAAGAAAAUGGCACUGCAGAGGAUAAUAUCGAGGAUGAAGAUGCAGAUCUGAUCUGGGAAGGAUAUGUGAGUGAAAGCGAAAGCAUACAGAGAGGGAUGAGUAACCAAAACGAAGGAAGCAUCAAAAGGAAGGGGCGGCGGGUAAGAAACUGCAGCUUAGUCUAUUUAAAAUCAUUUGAAAUGGACAAUGAAAUAAGGAGAAGCCGAGGACGAGGAAGGGGAAAGCACAACGGACAGCCGGGUUUGAGGAGAGCAUUACCAGAUUUUAUGCCGAGCCCGAACGGAAAAGUAGCAGGAGACUCAAUCGGUGAUUCUGAGAUUCAUCAAUGUAAUAAAUCCCUGAAGAAACAGCUGCAGAACAGAUUGGCGAAGGAAAUAUGGGAGCUUGCAAAGCAGUUGGGUGCAACGACGGAGGAUGAGGAGGAGACAAUUCGGAGGAUUGAAGAGAUGGAAAGUAGAGACAGACACGGAAAAGUGACCACGGGAAACAAAGGGGAAGCUAGAAGCAAGAAGACGAAGCUAGAGAUUAUUGAUAGAAGCUUAUGCCGAAGGGUAUGGGGGUCAGAGAACCUGGAUUGGGUAUCAAAACCUUCUAAUGGCUUAUCUGGUGGCUUAUUGUGCAUAUGGAAUUCUACUGUAUUUAAAAAGAAAGAAGUAUUAGAAGGGGAUAAUUUUAUUGGGGUGUUUGGAGUAUGGGGGGAGGAGGAAACACCAGUGUUCAUUUUAAACAUAUACUCCCCUUGCCAAUUAACGAGAAAAAGAGCUUUAUGGGAGGAGCUGUAUAACCUGAUUAAAAGCAAAAAAGGGUGUUGGUGCUUGACAGGAGAUUAUAAUUCAGUUAGAAGAGUAGAGGAAAGGGCAGGGUGUAAGGAGUUGUCCAGAGAAAUGAAGGAAUUUGAUGAGUUUAUUAGGAGAAUUGAAUUAAUUGAUUUGCCUUUGCUGGGAAGGAAGUUUACUUGGUAUAAUUCCAAUGGACAACAGAUGAGUAGAUUAGAUAGAUUCCUGGUUUCAGAGGAUUGGAUUUCUAAAUGGAGUGAUAUUAAGCAGUGGGGGUUGAAGAGAACAGUAUCAGAUCAUUGUCCAAUCCUAUUGAAGAAUGAGAAGGUAGAUUGGGGCCCAAAACCUUUUAAAUUCUUCGACAGUUGGUUGGAACAACCAGGGUGCAGAGAGGUAAUUAGAAACUCAUGGAAAUCCACAGAAGUAAAGGGGUGGAGUGGCUUUAUACUUAAAGAAAAAUUGCAGAGAACAAAGAAAGCCCUAAAGGAAUGGAGUGCUAAGGUAGGGUUAGAGAUGGACAGGAAAAUAAAGGAAGUUGAAAAUAUGAUAGCUGAGAUAGAUGAGAAAGGAAAGAACAACCAGCUAUCCACAGAUGAGAUUGAAAUGAGGAAAAGCAGCUUUCUUGAUCUGUGGAAGAAUUUAAGAAUCAAGGAGAGGAUGUCGCAACAAAAAUCAAGGAAGAUGUGGCUAAAAGAAGGAGAUGCGAAUACAAGAUUCUUUCACAAUUGCAUCAAAGGAAGAUGGAGAAGACGUGAAAUUAAUUCAGUCCAGAUAGAUGGUGAACAGUUCACUGGGGUGACAAAAAUCAAAGAAGAGGUGGCUAAAUAUUUCCAAACAUUGUUCACAGAAGAAAGAUGGAAGAGACCAAAGUUAGAUGGGGUUAGCUUCAAGCAAGUAUCACAAGCAGAUAACGAGCUUCUCACAAGAGUAUUUUCAGAAGAGGAAAUUAAAGAAGCAAUAUGGGAUUGUGAUUCUUCCAAAUCUCCAGGUCCAGAUGGAUUCAAUUUCAGAUUCAUUAAAGAGAUGUGCGAAGAUAUAAAGCCGGAGGUAAUUGCUUUCAUUCGGGAGUUUCACAAACAUGGUAGAAUUGUCCGUGGAGCCAAUGCUUCCUUCAUUGUGUUAAUCCCAAAGACAGAAAACCCCCAAAGAAUUGAAGAAUAUAGACCCAUUUCUCUUAUAGGGGUCAUGUACAAGAUCAUAGCAAAGCUGUUAGCGAACAGGUUGCAAAAGGUGCUACCCAAGGAAUUUAUGGAUUACAUGAUGAUGAGGUUGGGUUUUAAUGAAACUUGGAGGAAAUGGAUAAUGGAGUGCCUAAGAUCAGUUUCGGUUUCUGUUCUAAUUAAUGGUAGCCCAACAAAUCAAUUCUCGGUUAGCAAAGGCAUACGACAAGGAGACCCGCUAUCACCAUUUCUUUUCUUGAUAGUGGGGUUGAAUGGUUUAGUGGCCUCGACAAUGGAAAAAGGAAUAUAUAAAGGAGUGAAGGUAGGGAAUGAAGGUGUCAUGGUGUCACAUUUACAAUUCGCGGAUGACAUGGUAUUUUUUGGGGAGGCUUUGGAAGAUAACAUAAGAGUGGUGAAGACUAUUAUGAGGAUCUUCAAGCUUGCUUCAGGACUAAAGAUCAAUUUCGAAAAAAGCCAUUUAAUGGGAGUGGGAGUAGCAGAGAGUUGGCAAACAGAAAUGGCAUACAGAUUGCAAUGUAAAGAAGGGGAACUCCCAUUUAAAUACUUGGGAAUUCCAAUUGGGGGGAACAACAGAAGGAAAUCAAUGUGGCAACCAAUGGUUCAAUCAGUAGAGAGGAAACUAGAUAGCUGGAAGGGCCGAUACCUUUCUAUGGGAGGUCGUAUCACGCUCAUCAACUCAGUGUUGUCUUCUCUGCCCGUGUUCCUAAUGUCAACCUACUUAAUCCCAAAAGGAUGGCUGUCGGAGGGAUUUAGAAUGAAAAUUGGGGAAGGAAAAUCAGUCAGCUUUUGGUGGGAUAAUUGGGGAGGGGAGGGCUGCCUUGCUAAUAAGUUUCCUAGGCUGUAUCUUCUGUCAACAGGGAAGGAGAAUACAUGCAAUCAAAUGGGCAACAUAAGGAGUGGAUCAUGGGAAUGGAAAUUAACAUGGAGAAGAAAUCUAUUCGGAUGGGAAGCCAAAGAGGUCGUGGAACUCGAAAGGAUGAUAGAGGGCAUCAAGAUUACUCAAGGAUGCCUCGACAAAUGGGAAUGGAUUCAUGACAAGGAGGGACACUACUCAACAAAAACAGCGUACCACCUAUUAGCAACUGAUCAAAGUGGACCAAGUGGAUCUACAAUAUUCAAAAGAAUAUGGAACCCAAUUCUCCCAACCAAAGUAUCAGCUUUCAAUUGGCAACUAAUGUUGGAUAGAAUACCAACCAAGGUGAAUUUGUUGAGAAGAGGGAUAAUUAAAGACUUGAAGGAGAGCAAGUGUGUUAUAUGUGAAGAACAAGAAGAGGACUCAGCACAUUUAUUUUUAAGGUGCAGGAUGACUCAAUGGUUGUGGGAAGCAUGCGCCAAAUGGUGGGGGGCUGAGGCAAAUAUCGACAUCGACUGCUCGAAGACUUUUGAGAAUUUUGGAGAAUGGAGCAAAGAGACACGAACCAGACAAGGAUGGGAUUGCAUAUGGAGUGCGGUUGUGUGGACUGUAUGGCUUGCUCGCAAUCAAAACUUAUUCCAACACAAAGAGGUUAAUGCGAGGAAGAUGUUUGAACUAAUUCAACUGAGGUCUUUCAUAUGGGUCAAAGCAAGAAAUGACAGGUAUGCCUUCACUUUUUCUGAUUGGCUACUUAAUCCUGUUGAAUGCAUGAAAGAUAGAUGUGGAAGAAGGAAAGUCAUCAUUGGAAGAGUCGGUUGUAAAGUAAUGACCUCUUGACUAUAUUCUUAGUUUGUGUAAAAUGGGUUGAGUACCCCUUGUACUCAUUUCAAUAAAAAUUGUCUUUGCUG